AUAUAUGUUUGUGCGUGUGUGUGUGUGUGAGCUACCAUUUCUACUCCAGUGAAAUGUGACACUUUGUGAUUGGCCAUUUAAGAUUGGGAUUCGGCUUCUGAUUGGUCGGUAGUGAGACCAGUAGGAUUCUGACACACACACACACGCACCUGUUGUGCUCGUCAGAGGAGACUGUGUUAUCAGUUGUGUGUGGCAGUGAGACAGAACAGAGGAGAUGCAGAACAGAGUGUGACCAGUGGACAGGAGAGACAGAACAGAGGAGAGACUGGAGAGAGGAGAGACAGAACAGAGGAGAGACUGGAUACAGGAGAGACAGAACAGAGGAGAGACUGGAGAGAGGAGAGACAGAACAGAGGAGAGACUGGAGAGAGGAGAGACAGAACAGAGGAGAGACUGGAGAGAGGAGAGACUGGAGAGAGGAGAGACAGAACAGAGUGUGACCAGUGGACAGGAGAGACAGAACAGAGUGUGACCAGUGGACAGGAGAGACAGGACACUGCGUGACUAGUGGACAGGAUAGUGUGUGACCAGCAGAACAGUUUGUGACGAGGGUUAUUCUCUAUCAGCAUCAUCACCAUGCGGUUCUGUGUGGUUCUAGUAGCCGUGGUUCUGGUUCUCCAUGUGUCCCGGACCGAGACGGCGGAGGAAACCAGUCCAGAACAGACCGACGCAGCGGAACAAGAGACGGAGCCGGAGAAGAAAGAGAAAACGACUGAGAUAGAGGAGGAGAAGGAUGUCAUGGUUCUACACAUCAAUAACUUCCAAAGGGCCCUGAGUGAAAACAAGUUCCUGCUGGUUGAGUUCUAUGCUCCGUGGUGUGGUCACUGCCGUCAGUUGGAGCCGGUGUAUGUGGAGGCAGCGGGGGUGUUGAAGGGAGAGAGAAAGGAGGGAGAGAGCGAGGGAUACCGUCUAGCUAAAGUGGAUGCUGCAGAGGAGAAGGAGCUGGCGGAAGAGUAUGAUGUCGGAAGUUUCCCAACCAUCAAACUGUUCACCGACGGAGACAGAAACAACCCCAUCGACUUCACUGGGAAGAGGACAGUGCAGGGUAUUGUCCAGUGGUUGAAGAGGCGGUCAGGUCCUAGUGCCGUGGUGUUAGAGACGACUGAUGCCGCUUCAGAACACAUCAGCCUUCACAACGUUACAGUGCUGGGGUUCUUCACUAGUCUGGAGAGUGAGGAGGUCAAGGUGUUCUAUAGUGUUGCCAUGGAGAUGGUUGACAUGGUGUUCGGGGUGACAACCAGUCCAGAGGUCUUCCAGAAAUAUGAAGUAAAGAACAACAGAGUGGUGCUGUUCAAGAAGUUUGACGAGGGCAGGGUAGACCUGUCUGUGUCUGAGGAGGAGAAGGUGGGUAAAGAGGAGCUGACUGUCUUCAUCAGGACCAACAGUCUGGAGCUGGUCAUAGAGUUCAACGAGCAGAAUGCAGAUAAGAUCUUUGGUUCAAAGGUUCACACCCACACCCUCCUGUUCAUCAACUCUACAGUCCAGGAGCAGAAGAGCCUUCUGACUGAAUACAGCACCGUGGCCAGGGACUUCAAGGGCAAGGUAUUGUUCAUAAUUAUAGAUGUAACGGGACCAGUCAGUCAUGUCCUGAAGUACUUCGGUCUUUCUGAGGGCGACGCCCCCGCUGUACGCAUCAUCAACACCGACACCGCCAAGAAGUUCGCUCUGAUUGGACAGAUAAAGGCCGCCACACUCCAAACGUUCUGUCAGGGAGUUCUGGACGGAACCGUGAAGUCUCACCUGCUGAGCGAGGAGGUACCAGAAGACUGGGAUAAAGGACCCGUUAAAGUUCUGGUCGGGAAGAACUUUGAGGCUGUCGCCCUCGACAACAACAAGAAUGUCUUCGUAGAGUUCUAUGCCCCAUGGUGCGGUCACUGUAAAGAGCUGGCUCCAGUCUGGGAGAAGCUGGCAGAGAAGUACGCUGACCGGGAUGACAUCAUCAUUGCCAAGAUGGACGCCACGACCAAUGAGGUGGAGGGAGUUUCUGUGUCUGGCUUCCCUACACUACGAUACUACCCUGCUGGAGAAGACAGCAAGGAGGUAGAGUACAGUGGGACCAGAGACUUGGAGACGUUUGCUAUGUUCCUGGACAAUGGAGGACAGCUUCCGAAGGUGGAAGAGGAGGAUGAUGAAGAGGAGGUCACUGAUGAGUCAUCGCCACCGCCAGCCAAUGAGACGUCUAAAGACGAGCUGUAAAGGACCGAACCAAUCAAGAGUAGUUUAUUGGUUUCUAUGGUUUCUCUUGGUUUAAUAAUAAAGUGAUUUGAUUCUGAA